AUGGCGGACGCGGCCGGGAAGGCGCAGGCGGCCCGCGAGGUGUGCGCGGCGUCGGCGGCCUUCUCGUCCUGCCCGCAUCGCCGCCGCUCCCCGCGCCGCGCGAUCUUCGUCGACUGGUACCUCGUCCUCGCCAUCGGCGAGGCCGCGUCGGAGGACGCCAUCAAGCGGCGGUACCGGCACCUCGCUCUGCAGCUGCACCCGGACAAGAACAGGCACCCCAAGGCGGAGGUCGCCUUCAAGCUCGUCUCCGAGGCGCACGCGUGCCUGACGGACAAGGCGCGCCGGAGGAACUUCGACGCCGAGCGGGCCACGGCCUUCUGCGCCGCGUGCCAUGACCGUGCGAGGGCCCGUGGCUCCGUCGCGAAGCAGCAGGGUGGCGGCGGGAGGAGGCCGCCCGCGCCGACGCAGGCGCUGCGGGAGGUGCAGAACCGGCUGCGGGACGAGUGCAGGGUCAUCGACGGCUGCCUGCGCGCCAACGCCGCCGGCGCGCGCAGGCGCCAGUCCUUCCCGCUCUUCGACCCGUCCGACAGGCAGCGCUUCCCGGACUACCCGCACGCCCGGCCCCCGCCGUCGUUCGCCGAGUGCCGGCCGUUCGAGGAGGAGGAGCUCCGCGCGGGCCAGCACCACCAGAGCUGGUGCACAAACGGCAGCUGCGAGUCGCCGGUGUACCAGGUCAGGACCGCGCCGGAGCACGCCACGAGGGCGAACCGCCCUUGGUGA